CUUGACCAUAUCUUUGAGGCUGAUCAAAUAUUAAAUGUAAACAUCGCUAGAAUUGUGAAGCUGCUCUCAGUCCUAGAAGAGAAACUGAUGCCUCCGAUCUUUCUGCUGUAUGAGAGACUCAAGUUUUACGCCAGAGUCCGCGGGUCGGAGGAGCCUGUCUUGACCUACCUGACGUGCCUGGUGUGUUUAGCAGAAUCCUGUGAGUUUGAUGCGGAUAAAGAUUUUCAAAUUAAGAAACAGUUUCUUAAUUGCGGUAACCUGGGAACAUCUCUGAAGGAAAAAAUUCUUUGCGAACCUGAUGUCAACACUAACCGAUUAUUUUGGCAGUUAGGAGAGUUAAGAGAAUCAGCUGGUUUAGAAAACUGUGUUAACAAUCAAACUUCAGGUUUGAAUAAAUAUGAUUCAGCCGUUAGCUAUGAG